GGGGGGGGGGGGAGUGCAGAUCACAGGGUCAAACUACUGAGCAAAUGUACGGGGAGGUAGGGGAAGCAGAGGGGCGUUAAUCCUCUUCUUCAUCGACGUCCGGACGGUCCAAGAUGGAAUAGUCUCUAAUCAUGAGAGAAAAGGGGGAGGGGGGUAUAAACGCAGGGGUCUGUGCGGCGUUCCCCAUUGAGGGCACCAAGUCAGGGACACCUAAGACCGCUUGGUGUCACCCAAUUGCAUCAUCCCCCACGCUCGCCCCACAGGUGGGCAUUCUCUGCCGUAUCACCACGUGACUAUUCUUGUUACCAAGACUCUGACCAAUCACCACUCGCCUAAUUGACCGCCGCCUCCCGUGUGACCAAUAAGAAGAGAGCAUGGUGGCCCUGGACCAGUCGUGUGGGAGUGUGUGACAGCUCCACUCUGAGCAGCUGCUGUAGUCUGGACCAGGUGUCUCCAAGCUAAGCCACAUCCAGGUCACCAUGCCGUCUGUCCCUCCAGUAUCGGAUUCUGUCUCCUGUCCUCACCUCGCUGACAAUCAUGUGACCAACGGCAGUGUGAACGCUGAGCGCAAGUGGAUCCGCCCCGACCUCCCCAGUAAGUGCACAUGGCAACUGGGAAAGUCACCAGUGGAGUCCCCGCAUCGACACGUGCCCCUCAACCCCAGUCCAUCCAUCCUCCCGAGUGUCCUGCAGAAGAUCGGAGACACCCCACUCGUCAGGAUCAACAAGAUCGGGAAGAAGCAUGGGCUGAAGUGUGAGCUGUUGGCCAAGUGUGAGUUCUUCAAUGCUGGAGGCAGCGUAAAGGAUCGCAUCAGUCUGCGAAUGGUGGAAGAUGCGGAGAGGGAUGGAAUCCUUAAACCGGGAGACACCAUCAUAGAACCGACGUCCGGAAACACUGGGAUCGGCCUGGCCCUGGCUGCUGCGGUGAAAGGAUACCGCUGUAUUAUUGUGAUGCCGGAGAAGAUGAGUAUGGAGAAAGUAGAUGUCCUUCGUGCACUAGGAGCAGAGAUUGUUCGCACCCCAACCAAUGCCCGCUUCGAUUCCCCGGAGUCACAUGUUGGGGUUGCUUGGAGACUAAAGAAUGAGAUUCCAAAUUCUCACAUUCUGGAUCAGUACCGGAAUGCCAGCAAUCCGCUCGCUCACUAUGACAGCACCGCAGAGGAAAUCAUCCGGCAGUGUGACGGACGGGUGGACAUGGUGGUGGUUGGAGCCGGCACUGGAGGGACAAUAACUGGACUUGCACGCAAACUGAAGGAAAAGUGUCCAAACUGCAAGGUGAUUGGAGUGGAUCCAGAAGGGUCUAUUCUAGCGGAGCCUGAGGAGCUGAACCAGACAGACAAGACCGGAUAUGAAGUGGAAGGGAUCGGAUACGACUUUAUCCCCACCGUGCUGGACCGAUCGGUGGUUGAUCAAUGGUAUAAAACAAACGAUGAAGAGUCCUUCUCUAUGGCCCGUGCCCUGAUCAGGGAGGAAGGUCUGCUGUGCGGUGGCAGCUCUGGCACCGCUAUGACUGCAGCAGUGAAGGCAGCACAAGAACUGAAGGAAGGCGAGCGAUGUGUUGUGAUCCUGCCGGACUCUGUGAGGAAUUACAUGUCCAAGUUUCUCAGUGAUAAGUGGAUGACGCAGAAACAGUUCCUGAAGGUGGAGGACCUGGAGGGCAGUAAACCCUGGUGGUGGAACGUCAAGGUUUCAGCCCUGUCUCUCUCCGCCCCCCUGACCGUCCUCCCAACUGUGAGCUGCAACCAGACAAUCCAGCUCCUACGAGAAAAGGGUUUCGACCAGGUUCCCAUUGUGUCUGAGUCUGGGUUGGUGCUGGGGAUGGUGACCCUAGGGAACAUGUUGUCGUCUGUGCUGGCCGGGAAGGUGAAACCCUCAGAUCCUGUGGCCAAAGUCAUUUACAAGCAGUUUACACAGAUUCACCUCCUGGACAAUCUGGGGAAACUUUCCCGCAUCCUGGAGACGGAUCACUUUGCUCUUGUGGUUCAUGAGCAGAUUCAGUCAGAUCACAAUGAUGGUUCCUCCAGUAAGAAGCAGAUGGUGUUCGGAGUGGUGACCGCCAUCGAUCUCCUAAACUUUGUAACAAGGGAGCGGGAGCGGCGUGUGAGUGAGUCGAGUGACAGGGACCCCAAUGAAAGGACCAGACAUUUCAGUGCCUCUUAGAUGAAAGGACUGUCCACGUAUCUCAUGGCUGCUGCUAAGGGAACCUCGCGCCCGUCGGUCUGUUUUAAUUCCGUGUUCUGUAAUUCUAGCUUUUUAUUUUGUAGCUGAGGCGACAAUGAAUCAAUAAAAUCUGAUUAUACGAUAUGGGU